UCAUAAAAAUGAAUAAAAAGAUGAUUAAGUUUAAAAUUUCCGCACCAGGUGAAAUCAUCUUAUCUGGGGAACACACGGUGAUGUUUGGAAAACAUUUUGUUGUGGCCGGCUUAGAUCUUCGCACCAAUCUAGAAUUCUGCGAACUAUCAGAUGAGCAAACUAACAUUAGAAUAGAGUUUCAGGAUUAUGAGAAGGAUGUACCUUUACAAGAAGUUCAAUACUUAUUUUUUCGACUUAUUCGCGAAAACUUGUUUUCCGAUCAAGUCAAUUUGCUUAAAAAAGUGGAUUCCUUUAUCGACGUAAACAAUAUGUGGGAGAAACCCGAGGAGAAAAUAAGCUUACAAAUGUUCUUUUUCUUGCUUUUUAUUAUCAUUUACGAUAUGGAGCACGAAGUAAAACCUUUUCGUUUACGCGUGUCCACUGAAAUUCCUUUUGGAGAUUGUUUUGGCAGUUCAACUUCGUUCGCGGUUUGUCUGGCAGCGUGUUUUCUUCGUUGGAAGCGUCUACAAAGUGGUGAUUAUAUCAGAUUUAAUGAACAAGACUUACAGAAGAUUGAACAUUACACUAAAUCCUGUGAGAACAUAAUGGUAUAUUCUACGUUUAAGCCGCUCGAUGCCAAAGUUUGCAUAUAUGGCAGUAUAAAUAAAUGCAUAAGUAAUAAUUAUCAAUCUUGUUCUAUCGAGGGGACUAUAAAUUUAACAACAGGAAUGAAGAUUCUAUUGAUCGACACACAUCGCUUACAAUCAGACAAAUACAGCAUAUAUCUGCAAAUGCUAGAGUUAAAAUAUUUCCGUCCUAGCUAUUUCAAUUCAAUUUUAAAUGAUUUAGAGAAAAUAGCAACAAGAAUAUUUAAUGAUCUUUAUAAUAUUAAUAAUAAUAUAAAAGAUCCUGAUGCUUAUAGCAACUUACAAAGAGACAUUAAGAGAAAUCAACAAAUGUUAAGCAGAUAUGACUUGUCGUAUUUUGAAUUUGAUAUUAUUACCUGCCUUGGAGGUGGAUUCAAUUUGUCAGGAAAGCUUACAGGUUUUGGAGGCAGAUAUGUAUACUUUUUGUUACCACCAAGAAUAACACAGGAAGAAAUCAAACGUAUUACCAAUUUUUUUUCGUAUAGAAGAUGCAGUUACAAAAUUGCUACAAUAGGCUGUGACGGAGUGAGAAUUGAUAUAUAAUUCUACUAAAAUUAUAACGAUUAUAUAUAUAUAAUUAUUGCUAAUUUGAUAGAAUACAAAAAGAUGACGCAAAAUUAUUAACUU